AUGAAUAUCAUCAAGCUUCAAAGAAAGUUCCCUGACUUAACUCAAGAGGACAUCUUUAGCACCAUCGAAAAGUUCAGAAGCAUUGACCUCGAUGACAAAGGAUGGGUAGAAAAACGCCAGGUCUUAGAGGCUGUAUCGCAAUCGGGCGAGGCAUCAUACGAUGAGGCGCGUGAAACUUUGAAACAAGUGAAUGUCGAUGCUUCAGGUCGUGUCGAGCUCGAUGAUUAUGUUGAAUUGGUGGCCAAGUUGAAAGAGAGCAAGGCGGGGCCUCCUCCACCUACGACUUUCAGCACAGGUGGCGCAGCUGCUAUGCCUGUUUCGCAAUCGCAUGUUGGAUUGCAACACAAGGGCACAGGGGCUCAGGCCAAGAUUAUCGUUGCAGGUUCUCAAAGCGGAACGACCCACACAAUUAAUGAAGAAGAGAGGAGAGAAUUUACCAAGCAUAUCAACAGUGUAUUGGCUGGCGAUCCAGAUAUCGGCGACAGACUACCAUUUCCAACUGAUACUUUUGAAUUGUUCGACGACUGUAGGGAUGGUCUGGUGUUGUCUAAAUUGAUUAAUGACUCUGUGCCUGAUACUAUUGAUACAAGAGUGCUUAACUGGCCUAAGAAUGGGAAGAGACUAAAUACCUUCACAGCCAGUGAAAAUGCCAACAUCGUGAUUAACUCUGCUAAAGCUAUUGGAUGUGUGGUGGUGAAUGUCCACUCUGAGGAUAUCAUCGAAGGUAAGGAGCACCUUAUUUUAGGUUUAAUCUGGCAGAUCAUUCGUAGGGGGCUUUUGAGCAAAAUUGAUAUCAAAUUACACCCAGAAUUGUAUCGUCUACUGGAGGACGAUGAAACACUAGAACAAUUCCUAAGACUUCCCCCAGAACAAAUUUUACUUCGUUGGUUUAACUACCAUUUGAAACAGGCCAAUUGGGGAAGAAGAGUAGCCAACUUUUCUAAGGAUGUGUCAGACGGUGAAAACUAUACCAUAUUGUUGAACCAAUUGGAUCCACAAUUGUGCUCUACUGCACCUUUACAAACCACUGACCUGUUGACAAGGGCUGAACAAGUUCUUGAAAAUGCUGAAAAGUUGGAUUGUAGAAAAUAUUUAACCCCUAGCUCACUGGUUGCGGGUAAUCCAAAGUUGAAUUUAGCUUUCGUGGCACAUCUGUUCAAUACGCAUCCCGGCCUAGAACCAAUUGAAGAGUCUGAGAAACCUGAAAUCGAGGAGUUCGAUGCAGAGGGUGAACGUGAAGCAAGAGUUUUCACUUUAUGGUUGAACUCCCUAGAUGUCGAUCCGCCAGUUGUUUCCCUAUUUGAAGACUUAAAAGAUGGUCUGAUCCUAUUACAAGCUUAUGAGAAGGUUAUGCCUGGCGCUGUUGAUUUCAAGAAAGUUAACAAGAGACCCAGCUCUGGUGCAGAAUUGUCUAGGUUUAAGGCUUUGGAAAACACAAAUUAUGCAGUAGAAUUGGGUAAGUCUAGAGGAUUCUCCUUGGUUGGUAUCGAAGGAUCUGAUAUUGUUGACGGCAACAAGCUACUAACUCUUGGCCUAGUUUGGCAAUUGAUGCGCCGUAACAUUGUCAAUACCAUGAAGACUUUGGCUACAAGCGGUAGAGAUAUGAGUGAUGCUCAAAUUCUAAAAUGGGCUCAAGAACAGGUCACAAAAGGUGGAAAAACCUCAACUGUCAGAUCUUUCAACGACCCUGCACUUUCCACUGCCCACUUCCUCCUCGAUGUUUUGCAUGGAGUUGCUCCUGGUUAUGUGGAUUACGAUCUGGUUACGCCAGGUAAAACAGAAGAGGAGAGAUAUGCCAACGCAAGGCUGGCAAUUUCCAUUGCUAGAAAGCUGGGCGCUUUGAUCUGGUUGGUGCCUGAAGAUAUCAACGAGGUGCGCUCCAGAUUGAUUUUGACCUUUGUGGCAUCAUUGAUGGCAUUAAAACGCUAG